GGUCUGAUCAGCAUCAAGGCCUGUCUGGACGAGGGUCUGGAGCCCACCUGCUUCGAGAGCAGCGGGGACAUCGGAGGCCUCUGGAGGUUUAAGGUGAGCGGCCACGCUUUGGACUUUUAGUGUGUGAAUAUAUAAUAUAUAUAUACUUCGACUAUCUUGUGAUGUUGUAGGCAAUUUGUUUACGCUGAGAGAAGAAGAUAGAAGUACUGAGAGGACUCUUCAGAACUCAACAUAUGCUGGCCUUUGACCCUUUCAUUACCUCUCUGUCUUCAGUAGAUUGGUUCGCACACACAUAAUCACACAAUAUGGUAAAUAACUGAAAAUCAUCUAUUAUAUAGAUAAUAUAUAUAUAUUUUAUGGAACCAGCUUCCAAUUUCAGUCACCUCAUUUAAGAGUCGACUUAAGACCUUCCUCUUUGACAGAGCUUAUAGUUAGGGCUGAAUCAGGUUCACCUGGUCCAGCCCCUUGAUAUGCUGCUAUAGGCUUAUAGCUGCCGGGGGACGUUUAGGAUGCACUGAGUACCUAUCUCCUCUUUUCUCUCCAUAGGGAUUAAUUUUCAUCUCUCCAUCACACGUUACUAACUCUGCUUUCUCCCCGGAGUCCUUGUGACUUCACGUCUCAUGGGGUCAUCGGACCCUAUGAGACGGCAUAGAUCCUAUCUGCUGAUGGAUCAUCGAGGUCUGGGUCGUGGAAUUCCUGCUACCGACUACGCCACUGUCCUGUUGAGACUCCGCCCAUUGUUGAGACUCCGUCCACUCCCCCUCCCCACCGCCAUCUGCCUGAUGGAUCGUGGAGGUCUCCAUCGUGGAAUAUGCCUACUAUGAACUAUUCAUACACUGUCACAUUCAUUGAAUGUAUUUUAACUCUAAAUCUGUCCUGUACACAUGACGUCAUUGUUCUGUCCAUCCUGGAGAGGGAUCCUCCUCUGUUGCUCUCCUGAAGGUUUCUUCCCCCUGAAGGGUUAUUUGGGAGUUUUUCCUGGUCCGAUGAGGCGCCAGAGCCCGGCCGUGCCAACAUCUACCAGUCGGUGGUGAUCAACAGCUCCAAAGAGAUGAUGUCACUCAGUGACUUCCCUCCUCCGGCGGAGCUGCCCAACUACCUGCACCACUCCGAGGUGCUGCUGUACCUGAGGCUCUACGCCCAGGCCUUCCACCUGCUGCAGCACGUGCACUUCGAGACGUCCGUUGUCAGCGUGAGGCAGACCGCCGACUUCGCGGCGACGGGCCGGUGGGAGGUGGAGACCGAGGGGAGCGCCGGCCGGAGGGACGCCGGCGUCUUCGACGCGGUGAUGGUUUGCACCGGACACUACACGCGCCCCCACCUGCCCCUCGGAGACUUCCCAGGCAUCGAGAGCUUUGGGGGCCGAUACUUCCACAGCUGGGAUUACCGCAGCGCCGAGGGUCUGCAGGGUAAGAGGGUCCUGGUGGUCGGGGUCGGGAACUCCGGCGGCGACAUCGCCGUGGACGCCAGUCGAGUGGCGGAGAAGGUGUACCUCAGCACCAGGAGCGGAGCGUGGGUGGUCAGCCGGGUGGCGCGGGGGGGGCUGCCGGCGGACCUGAUCGGGACGUCCCGAUUGGCCGCGAUGGUGAGGAGGCUCCUCCCCUCGUGGGUCGGCGCGGCGGUGGAGAAGAAGCUGGACGACGCCUUCGACCACAGGCUCUACGGCCUGAAGCCAAAACACGGUUUCUUUGAUCAGAUUCCUCUGGUGAACGACGAGCUGCCGGCUCGGAUUCUCUCCGGCCGCGUUCAGGUGAAACCCAACGUGAAGGAGUUCUGUGGGUCCGGCGUGGCCUUCGUGGACGGCAGCGCCAUAGACGAGGUGGACGUCGUGGUGUUUGCCACCGGCUACGACUACAGCUUCCCCUUCCUGCCGCCGGCCCUGCGCACUAAAUGCGGCUUCCGGCUGCGUCUCUACCGGCACGUGUUCCCCCCGGCGCUGACCCGGCCCACGCUGGCGGUGGUGGGCUUCAUCCACGCCCUCGGGGCCAUCAACCCGCUGGCCGAGAUGCAGGCCCGCUGGGCCACCAGAGUGUUUACAGGCUUAACGACCCUCCCCUCAGAAGAGAGCAUGCAGAAGGAAAUUGAAAAAGACAUGGUCGCUAUGCAGAGAUACUCCUGCUCCGAGCGUAACCCGGUCCACGUGGACUACAUCCCGUACCUGGACUCUCUGGCAGACCGCGUCGGGGUUCGCCCGAACAUCCCGUGGCUCUUGCUGACGGACCCCAAGCUGGCCCUGCAGGUCCUGCUGGGUCCCUGCACUCCUUACCAGUACCGUCUGACCGGACCGGGCCGGUGGGCCGGGGCCCGCCAGGCCAUCCUCACCCAGUGGGACCGGGUGUAUCGGCCUUUCGGGAACCGGCUGGUACCGAAACCCGAGACCGGAUCCUCUUGCAUGGUGGCGAUGGUUUCAGGUGCAGCGCUGCUCUGCUGCUUCUGCUACGUCUUCAGAGCUCAGUGAGACUCGUGGAGAAUGGGCUCGUGUUUUUAGACUGGACUAAAUUGACAAUUUGAAUGAAAAAUUAAGUAUUACAAAAAUUAAAUGUGCAGCAUACAACGUACUGAACGUAUGCAAUUCCUCUAGUUUUAACUUUUUAGCAGAGUUUGAUCAUGUAAAAUGUCAUAAUUGGAUUUAUUGAUUUAUUUUCCUUAUUCUGAAUUUAAUUGAAUAAUCUGCGAUGCAUAUUUGAUCAUGUCUUUAUCCUAAUGCUGCGGUCUUGUGUGAACAUGCAGUACCCAAAGACACCUGCAGGAACGAGAUGGCGCUGUUGCUCCUCUGGUGUCCUUUGUCUCGAAUUCAAUGUUUGUUUUAUUUUUUUCGCUGCCCGAAAUAAAAUCCGUGGUGAUGUUUCCGUUUUUAUUCUUGAAAAUAAAAAAAUUUCAAUCUUAA